CUGGAGCCAAUCAGCUGUCAGAGGACCGUGAUGAAUCGCAAUGCAUUAUUGAUAAUAAUAAUUACGGUGACAUGCGCAUUUCUACUUGAGGGGGACUAAUUUGCCAAGCAGAAGAAAUUUGUAGAAGGAGAGGAAAUAUUGUUGCCAACUCUUUACUCCUGAUGGUUGCAUCAUGUCGAGGCGCAAGCAAGCCAAACCGCAGCACAUCAACUCCGACGAGCCGGGUGCGUUAGAGAAUGGAAUUCCUCGAGACGAUCAAACUGAGGAGAUUGGAAAUGAAGGGAAAAGGUGCAGAAUGGACGACAUCAGUGUCUGCACCAAGUGUUGUGCCGAAUUCUUUGAUGAAAACGAAUAUCUUGAGCAUGAAAAAAAAUGCACAAAAAGUCCGAAAGUGCUCAUCGUGAAAAACGGAGAUGGCAAUGGAGUGCCUGAGGAAUAUUCACAAGGGUCCCCAAACGGCCUAAUGAGUGACCAGGACGACAGCCAAUCUAGCAGCCUAUCCCCCUUAAACGCCAAUACAGACCAGCUGGAAAGAACAGAGGACGAGUCCAACAUGAACGAAGAGGACUCGGGACCGCAUGAUCAGAAGGGCAUGCCUCCUAGCCCUGAGAUGAAUUAUCACCACUCGCUCAAAAUGCAAGAUACAAAUGUCACUCUUGAAACCAUGGCGGACACCAAAGUGGCUGUCUCCCAACAUUACUCCAAUAAUACAGCCCUGAUCACGUCACAGGAAGCCAUACAGGUCAUCCCGAUGAUCUUGGAACAGUUAGUUUGCCUUCAGCAACAGCAGCUACAGCAAAUCCAGCUCACAGAACAGAUUCGAAUCCAAGUAUCCAUGAUGACUCAAAAUUGUCUCCAGUCAUCAGUAGGGGCAGCAAUGGACCCUCUGAAAGCCCUUGGCGCGCAUCUCUCUCAACAGUUGUCGGCCGCAGCCGCUCUGAUAGGAAAAAGGACCGGCAGUCAAAGCCUUUCUAUGGAGGCAAUAAAGCAAGGUAAACUAACUCUGCCGGUUGGCAUCCAUCCCUCUCUGCCUGAAAGACUGGAAUCUUUGACUUCUAAAAAUGACCUUUUGAAGGCCCUCCCAGACAUGGCUAGCCGUUUACCAGGACAACUUCCAAAGUCACCGGGUGUCAUGGGUUUAACAAGCGCCUUCAACAGUAUCCAGGCAGGCAUUGAGCCCGCUAAGAAAAUGAAGCCGAAGAUGCCAAUCGCCCCUCCAGAAUCAAAGAAUGGCGACUCUGUAUACAGGCACAAGUGUAAGUACUGUGGAAAGUCCUUUGGCAAUGACAGUGCUCUCCAGAUUCACCUGCGUUCUCACACCGGCGAGAGGCCUUUCAAGUGUAACAUUUGCGGCAACCGCUUCACAACCAAAGGAAAUCUCAAAGUGCAUUUCUCGAGGCAUAGAGACAAGUAUCCUCACAUCGGCAUGAACCCACAUCCUGUACCCGAGCACCUUGACAACAUCCCCACCAGCAGUGGUAUUCCCUUUGGCAUGUCUGUGCCCAUGGACGAGUCAAAUAUGACCGACGUUAAGCCAAUGUUGCCUCAUCCUUCUGCUGGCUUCCAACAGUCACCUGUACCAUCAUUGAAGACAUUUGACGCAGGGGACCCAUUUUCCCAGAGACCUUCCCCAUCAACAAGCGACAUCUCCCCAACCAUUUCCUGUAGUAUGUUUGGGCAAGAAACUGGAGUGGAUCUCCUUCCGAAAGAUACAGAGGAUCUGCUAGGCGCCCUGCAUCAUAUGAACAGUAAUUCCCUUGUAGGUGAACAAAACUCUGGAACUGCAAAACUUCAGCAGAUGGUGGAUGGCCUGGAGAAGAGGACCAACGACCCCAACGAGUGUGUCAUCUGCCAUAGAGUCCUCAGUUGCCAGAGCUCGCUCAAAAUGCACUACCGCACACACACUGGCGAGAGGCCCUACAAGUGCAAAAUCUGUGGCCGCGCAUUCUCCACCAAGGGUAACCUCAAAGCCCAUUAUGGAGUGCACAGGGCUAACUCUCCUCUUAAAAUGCAACACUCGUGUCCCAUCUGCCAGAAGAAGUUCACCAAUGCUGUGGUUCUGCAGCAGCACAUCCGCAUGCACAUGGGUGGGCAGAUCCCCAACACCCCAAUGCCAGAAACCCAGUAUGAAGCAGCAGAAGCCAUGGAGUCAUCUCUUUCGGAGGAGAACUCUACAGAUAUCAAUGGUUUUGAAGCGAGCUUGGAGGAUCAUGAGCCAGAGCUGAACUCCCAGAAGCCAAUUGACACCUCAGAUUCCCUCCCACCCGCCACUGAAGCCACCACAGAAUCAGACUCCCCCACCUUGUUUUCCAGCCUCGAAGUUUUGAAGAGUCUCACCUCAGCUCUUGAAUUAAAACGACAGAGCAGCACCGCUUCGGAGAGUGAGGGACCAUCCCUACCUCCUCCCAGAGAGCUGGAGUAUCAAAACAGCCGCAGUCCUGCCAUUUCUGACCAUUCUGCCAUGUCUUAUCACUCAUCUUCCCCACUAAAUAACAACACAAAUGGCAGCAAAUCUCCUGAGGCCCCUAGCAAUGAAUUUGCCCGCAGUUUCUCUAGACCAGAUUGUGAUGGCGGUGCUCAAGGUGGUACUGAGUCCAGUGGUGCGCUUGAUCUCACAUCUUCCAGCAGCUUCACCCCCAAAGCAAUCAAAGAAGAACCUGGCAUACCAUACACAAAUGGAGAAUAUGUAUCUGGCAACAUGUUCAUGAAGAUGCCAUCAAGUCUGGAGAUGAAGAUUCCUUCAGAGAAUCCGCUGGGCCCUCACGGUUUGUUCAGCUCCCAUAUGCCUCAGGGAACCACCAUGCCCUCGUCCAUGUCCAGCGCGCCUAGACGAUCAUCCAAACAACACGUUUGUCAUGUUUGCUGCAAGAACUUCUCAUCUGCCAGCGCCUUGCAGAUCCACGAGCGCACUCAUACAGGGGAGAAGCCAUUUGCCUGCAAUAUCUGUGGCAGGGCUUUCACCACCAAGGGAAAUCUAAAGGUACACAUCGGCACUCACAUGUGGAACAACACGUCGCGGCGUGGCCAGCGUCUGUCUCUGGAUAAUCCCAUGGCGCUGAUGGCUAUGAGCUCCGAGGCAAAGAUGAUGCCAGAAAUGAUGCAAUCCCCCAAAGACCUGGGUGCUCCAGCAAUGAACUUUGAGCAGUCUCUGUGGAACCAGUAUGCUGCUGCCUUCAGUGGAGGCCUGACCAUGAAGACCAAUGAGAUCUCAGUCAUCCAAGGGGGUGGCAUCCCCCUUCCUGGGAGCCCCGCCGGUGGGCCUCUGAUUGGCUCCACCGGGGGCCUCAUGAAGAUGGAUGGAUCCCACCCUGGCUUGCCUGGCUCAAUGGCCGAAAUGGAGAAGAACGGCUCCAGCAGCGUGCCAAAAUUGCAGUUCCCACAUUUCAUGGAGGAGGGUAAAAUUGCAGUUAAUUAGGCUUUUU